CAACAUAUAAAACAAAACAGUGCUUUGACCGGCCACACAUUAUAUUGAAGGUUGAGCCACCAUUGUUGUUAACAAAAUGUCGAUAGUGUGUAAAGUAUAUUCUUGUUUCAAAGUUAAAGUUUAGUAUGUGAAAGACUACAGUUAUUAUUAGUUUGUGUUGUGUUUCAAAGUUUCAAAUGUUAAAUAGAUUUUGUUUGUCAAAUGUAUAAUUUCAAUUGUAAGUUCAAAAUGAAGAUGGAGUGUAUCCUGCAACUUCAUAAAGUCAGUGGCCAGGGAUGGAGUCAGAAGAUUCUCAAGAUGCAAACUCCAGAGACUGUGCAUCUUCAGGUAGUUCAUCUAGUUAUGAAGAUGAUGGUCCUGCAUCUCCAAAUCCAAAUUCACGACCAGAAAGUCGUGGAUCAGAAGGUCCAGAUAGUCCAAAUGGCAGAACUGGUAGUUUAGAUAAGCCUGACAGUCCUUCUGAUAAUAGUAUUGAAAGACCAGAUAGUUGGAAUGCCCAGAAUGAAAAUUCCUGUGAUGGACCGGCAUCUCCUGUUGAUUCUAUCAAUAAUGCCAAUCAACCAAAGUCACCAUAUAGUAGCGGAAAUGAAAUAAAUUCUCCAGAUGGUCCAAUGAGCCCUAAAAGUGAUAAUGAAGAUGAUCCUGAACCUGCAUCUCUUGAUUGCAGUGCAAAAAGCCCAAAAUCAAAUCAAAGCUCGCCUAGAAGAUCUAGAUCAAAUUCAUCCAGAAGAUCUGAAUCUAAUUCUCCUAGAAGAUCAGUGUCUAAUGCAUCUAGAAGAUCUAGAUCUAAUACUUCAAAAAGAUCUGCAUCUAACUCUCCUCUAAGAUCAGUAUCAAACUCCCCAGUGAGGUCAAGAUCCAACUCCCCAAUUGAAUCCAGGUCAAAUUCUCCAAAGGAAAUGAGAUCAAGCUCACUCAGAUCUCAAUCAAAUUCUCCAGCGAGAUCUAGAUCAAAUUCGCCUGAGAGAUCAAGAUCAAAUUCUCCUAGAAGAUCUAGAUCAAUAACACCAAAAAGUGUAAAGUCCUCACGAUCAGGAAAUAGAUCCAGAAAUGCUAAUUCAGAAUCUAGUUCAUCUAGUAAUGACUCAAGUAGAUCUCGAUCUAGACCACCUGAACCUCCAAUGGAGGAAAUUUCAGACUGUGACAUGGAUUCAGAUCAUAAUAGUGUUAAUGAAGAUAAUAGUUACUCUAACCAGAAAAGUGUCUCUUCGCCAGCUUCUAAUAAAAGUAAUUCUAAGGUAACUGAUAAUAAUUUAAAUAUGAGUCAUGAGGAUCUAUCAGAUGUGUCAGAUUUAGAUAGUACUGCACAAUCUGACGCUGAAGAAUUAAAACCAAGUAAAAGUCCAGUUCAAGCUCCUCAUGUAACGGAUUUACGCCAGAAACUAGACGAGGCAAAAAAACAAAAUAAUGUUGCUGAAAAAUCUGUUAGUUCACCUGAAGAGCCAAAGCAGCAAUCAGUGCCUCUGACAAUCCAUAAAACUACUGAAGAUGCCGAAGAGGCAUUAGAUUUUGAGGCUGAAGAGGGAGAGUGUCCUGGAGAACCUCCGCAAGCUGAGACAAAUGGUAAAACAGCUGAAAAUGAUAAAAAUGAUGAGGAAGACAAUGGGGAAAUUGAGGAAGGAGAAGAAUUAGAAGAAGGCGAAGUCACUGAUGGUGAAGAAAAUAGACCUGAAGAAACAGAGCCACGUCCUGUGUGUAGAUUUUUCGCCAGAGGACAGUGUACAUGGGGCAUUAGCUGCAGAUUUCUUCAUCCGGGAGUAACUGACAAAGGUAACUAUACUAUGUUUGACAUGGUACGGCCAGUUGCAGCAGGCCCGGCAGGCGGACAUGCACCAGGAUUUGGUAUGCAUCAUGAUUUUAGAACAGAGCGUCCAGUUCAUAUGUUUGGUCCUCCUGCAGGUGGUCGCCCUGGAGGUGUGGCUGGUGAACCACCUGCAGUUGAAAGCGCUUGGGAAAGAGGACUAAGAACAGCCAAAGAAAUGAUGAGAAAGGCUAAUAAACGUAAGGAACAGGAUAUGGAUUUUGAAGAAAAGAAAAUGAAUUUGACUAUUGGCCAAGAAGAAAUUGAACGAGAGAACGGUUAUUAUGCCAGAGCUGCAUCACCACCAAGAGCCUUGUCACCAGACUUGGCUUAUCUUAAACCCAGACAUGUUCCUCAUGACGGAUUGAUUCCUAGAAAGGAAGAAUACUUUAGACGGCAUUAUGACGAACCACGACUUAUACGUAUGGAACCACCAAUUUAUGAUGAUUUAGCACUUCAUGAACGAGACAGAAUGCCCCGGUAUCGUGAGCUACCCUCUCAUAGAAUGCCACAAUAUGAAGAAGAUGAGUUAUUGCCACCUGAUGUUGUAAAGAGGAGGCCGAGGCCAGCACGAGAAGUAAUUGUUCAAAGAGCUGAACCUGUUACUAGAGGGGAUGAAUGGGCUGAUCCUUGGAUGAGAUCUAAAAGCCCUGGUUCUCGAAGGCCUAAAGAAAGGACAUCGAGAAGAUCUUAUAGUUCUGGCUCUAGUUAUUCAAGUAGCAGCAGUACAAGUAGCACAAAGUCACGUUCUCCAAGAUCACGGUCACCUCGUGUUCGUGGUACACAUCAUUCAUCCACAAGUAGGCGACGUGCUCGUGUAUCACCCAGUGUUAUUGUUUCUGAACGCAGGGCUGCUUCUGAAAGGGCUUUAUUGAUGAAUCCCCCAGCACCCUCUCCACGGAAAAGGCCACAUAGUCCAGCAAUGAUGAGAAGACAUGCGCAGAAUCCACCAGCACCAAUUAGUGUAUCAAAAUCUAGCAGUAAUAGUAAAUCAUCGAAGAUAAACAGAGAACAAACAGAUGCUUUUGGUCGCGUACGAAGGGACAUUGAUAGAGUAUCUGAAAGAAGCCGCAGAGAUUCGUUAACAAGUUCCUCUAAGGGCUCUCAUAAAUCGCCAUAUAAGAGGGACUCACGAGAUUCGCGGAGGCGAGAUGGUCGUUCUGCUAGUUCCAAUUCUGGUUCUUCAGAUUCCAGUUCCAGUGACUCUGGAUCUAGUUACUCUAGUAGUUCAAGUUCACGUGAAAGAAGUCCUGUUACUAGUAGGAGAUUGGUGGAUAGUGCGAGACUUCAUGCAACUAUUGAUAGAUCCAAAGUGCGAGCUAGAACACCAGUUGACAGGAAACGUGAUGAAAGUCGUAAAGCUGUAGAAAGCGGAAGAAAAAGGCCUGCAAGUUCACCACCAAGUGAAGAUAAAUCUAACAAGUCUCCCAAUGGUCCGAAAAAGGCUUCGCGGAGGGAGGAACUAUUGAAACAACUUAAGGCUGUAGAGGAUGCAAUCGCUAGGAAGAGAUCCAAGAAUGAUUAAUAUAGCGCUUAUGUUUCUUUUGAUAUUUGUUAGUUUGUAAUCCAUAAAAUCAUUGUGACAUUAUUUUGUAUAGUUCUCAAUAGGUUUAGUAUUUGUGGAUAGUUUCAAAAAAUACUUAAUGAAAUAUGUAUGCUUUGGAAAUUAUCAACCAAUUUUAUG